AUUAAUUUGAUAUAAAAAUUGUUACGUUGUUUUUUAUACAUUCCUAACUUUACGUUUGUGAUUAUCGUAAAAUUUAAAAUAGUAAAAAAAACUAUACAAAAACACAUCAUGGCCGGAAACCUCUUAGUUGGUAUAAUUGGAAAUAAUUGUGUUGUUAUUGCUGCCGAAAAAUUUUAUGAAAAUCAAAAUACUAUUUGUUCACUGGAUGGUAAAAUCACUGUCGCUUGGUCAGGAUAUUCAGCCGAUUCAAUGAUGAUUGUUGACAAAGCUAAGAUGUAUACUAACACUGUACACGGGUUGAAUUCACCAGCUAAUCGUGUCGCAGAAUUUUUAAUUGAUCCUGAAAUCAGAGUUCUCAAUAAUCUACCAACUUUGCCAUAUACUGAAUCUUUUAUGGUUGCAUCUAGUGAUAAUAAUGGACAAAAUUUAUAUGUUACAGACACAUAUGGUACCAUAUCACAUGUUCUUGCUAGUGCUGUAGGAAGAAAAAGUGAUCUGAUAACAAAUGUUUUGGUUGAAAAUUAUUCAACUGCUAAUAAAAGUAUUUUAGGAACCAUAGAGUUUGCAUUGAAGACACUGUGCGUAAUCAGUGAACCAGAUGCUAAACUUAUUGAUGUUUCAGUUACAGCGUUUAAUAGACCAUUUGAAAUUGUCGAUAGUAGCAUAGUCAAUCAAUUUUUAUCAAAAAUUGAAUUCUCGAGAAUAGUUAAUGAUGCAGUAAAAAUUGAUGAUGUAUAAUUUCUUUAUAAUUUUUUUUUCAAAAAUAUAUUUGAGUUGUAAAAUGUAUAAUGUUAUGAUGAUUCAUUUUAUUUUUUUAUUUUAAUUUGUUAAAUAUUGUAUUCAAAAAGAAAUUUGAUUAAAUAUUUUUUUUUAUAUAAUCUUGUACCAAAAGAAUUCUGAAAUAAAUUACUUUGUUUUAAU